AUGUACGCCUCUGUGCAAGCCCUCGUUGAUUCUGAGCCAAAGUUGCCUCCAGGCGCAUCUUUCCGGGCAAUUCUUUACCAGAAUGCGCCGCUGGAAACAACACAGAACACCGCGCUGGUGUGCGACCUCCUCAAUGAGAGUCGCAACCACCUGCGCGAGCUAAACGCGGAAAUCACUCUCUUGACCGAUGCCCUCUCUCGGCUCAAAGGGCAGAAGAAGAGAGUCAGCGAACACAUACGCGUCUGCCAUAUGGCCAUCCACUCUCCCAUCCGCGCUUUGCCCGACGAUGUCAUGUGUGAGAUAUUCUCACUUUCCGUCGAGCGCGCGCCCUGGGAACCACUACGAGAACUCACUCGCGCGCGCGACCUACCCUUCUCUAUCGAGAUCUGGGAGCGUUCAGUCUUCGAACAUGGAUACAUGUCGGAAUGGAUGGAUUGGUCGGAAUGGAACGCAAUCGUUGAGAAGAUGGAGCGCCAUGCGGCUUACAUGGGGCAGAUCCUCGGCGACCCGAACACGCUCCCGACGCACAGGAUACGUGAUCUGCGCCUCGUCGGACAUGCACAAAGCAUCUUACCUGCCCUUUCCUCCCUACCUCGUGAUGCGUUCCCCUUGCUCGAGCGUUUACACCUCCGGAUACUUGUGGACGAGGACUGGGUGAAGAAGCUCGACAAGGCUCCCUCUAUCGUUGCAUUCACCGAAUCGACGCGGCUGUGGCACCUGCGGCUCGAGGAUCGUAUUCCCGAUUUCUUCUUCACGCAUCUCUACCAGCGCAGCCUGACUGACGUAAACCUGAGCUUGUAUGAGCCCAUUCCAAGUCAGCUCGUCUUAGGCCAAUGUACGCAACUCGAGCGCCUACAUAUCAAUUCCCUCACAACUUUCCGCCGCCUUUUCGACAAAGACUUUGACCUGGUCACGCUAGACCGAUUGAAGCUCCUGUCACUGCGCGGGACGGAAUGUUAUCUUCUGGCGCCGAAGCUCAGUACACCCAGUCUCGAAUCCUUCUCUUGCUCCGAUGCGGACGAUGUUCUGACAUCCUCUCCUUCCUCGAACGGGCGCCUCGAAUAG